UGUUUGUCAUAUUUACAGAAAGAAGAGGCAGAUUUUACAUCCAGUUCAGAAGGUCAUCCUGUGAUUUUAAACUACAGUGUAAAUGAAAAAGAAUUUGGGAAUUUCGAACAAUCAAUAAAUGCGUGUGAAAGUAAGAGGCCCAGUGAAUGUAACGUAUGUAUGAAAACAUUUAAUCAUCGACAUGAGGUACGAAGACACCUGAGUAUACAUACGGAUGAUAAACCUCAUAAAUGUGACGUGUGUGGAAAGGCAUUCAAAUACCCAAGUGACAUACAGAAACACAUAAGAACACAUACAGGUGAUAAACCUUAUAGAUGUGAUGUGUGUGGAAAGGCUUUCAACCAGCCACAGACCUUAAAGAGACACCUUAGGACACAUACAAAUAAACCUUAUAAAUGUGAUGUGUGUGGAAAGACAUUUGAAUGGCAAUGUGACUUACAGAUACACUUAAGGACACAUACAGAAGAUAAACCUUAUAAAUGUGAUGUGUGUGGAAAGGCAUUCAAAUACCCAAGUGACAUACAGAAACACAUAAGAACACAUACAGGUGAUAAACCUUAUAGAUGUGAUGUGUGUGGAAAGGCUUUCAACCAGCCACAGACCUUAAAGAGACACCUUAGGACACAUACAAAUAAACCUUAUAAAUGUGAUGUGUGUGGAAAGACAUUUGAAUGGCAAUGUGAAUUACAAAUACACUUAAGGACACAUACAGAAGAUAAACCUUAUAAAUGUGAUGUGUGUGAAAAGGCAUUCAAAAGGAAAAGUGGCUUAAAGAGACACAUGAUGAUACAUACUGGUGAUAAACCUUAUAGAUGUGGUGUUUGUGGGAAAGCAUUCAACAGACUGCAUAUCUUACAUACACACAUGUGGAGACAUACAGGUGAUAAACCUUAUAAAUGUGAUGUGUGUGGGAAGGCAUUCAAUUUCUCAGAAAGCUUACAGAGGCACAUGAGGAAACAUACAGGUGAAAAACCUUAUAAUUGUGAUGUAUGUGGGAAGGCAUUCAACAGAUUAUAUAUCUUACAGACACACACAAGGACACAUACAGGUGAUAAACCUUAUAAAUGUGAUGUGUGUGGGAAGGCAUUCUCUCAGUCAAGUACCUUAAAUAGGCACACGACAACACAUACAGGUGAUAAACCAUAUAUAUGUAAUGUAUGUGGGAAGGCAUUUAACCUCUCACAAAUCUUACAGAGGCACAUGAGGAUACAUACUGGUGAAAAACCUUUUAAAUGUGAUGUGUGUGGGAAGGCAUUCCCUCACUCUUAUACCGUACAGAUACAUAUGAGGACACAUUCCGGUCAUAAGCCUUAUAAAUGUGAUUUGUGUGGGAGAGCAUUCAGCCAGACGACACACGUACAGAGUCAUAUGAAGACACAUAUAGGUGAUAAACAUUAUAGAUGUGAUGUGUGUGAGAAGACAUUCUGUCAGUCACAAUAUUUUAAGAGACACAUGAGCACACAUAAAGGUCAAAAACCUUAUAAAUGUUAUGUAUGUCGGAAGGCUUUUCGUUACAUAAAGAACUUCAAGAGGCAUAUGAGGACACAUAGAUGAUAAAUCUGAUGUAUGUGAUGUAUGUGGAAAGGAAUUCAAUUGUUCAAAAAACUUCAAAAGACAUUGUAGGAUACAUAGUGGUGACAAACCUUACAUAUGUGGUUUGUGUAAGAAAACAUUCUGUGAAAAACCUGAUUUAAACAAACACAUGAGGACACAUUCAGAUGAGAACUAUUUGAUGUUAUGUGAAAAGGCAUUCAAGCAAUAAGAUAACUUACAUUCAUAUGUCUAGGAAUAUUGAAUUCUCUCCCCUGAUUCUAAAAGAAUAAGAAAUGUCAAAGAAUUCAUUACUGAUUGCCAAAAUAGGUACAAGGGUUCUAAAUACAAAAUAAAGAUAUCGUCUUUUGAGAUGAAGUUCGUAUUGUAAUACUGUCAUUUUGUACUCCGUCUAAUACAACACAUGGUGUGUAAAAUUUGUUAUAUCCCAUUAUCAAUUUUGUGUAAUAAAACUUUCAUCAGUU